GCUCACAACAUUUUUUGGGGAAAAACGGGAAGAAAAAUUCCGUUUUUGUAUCUGCAAUGAGAGGGGAACAGGCAGGAAAUGGAGAAAACUCAACGAACUCGAGUGAAAUGCUGAUCAACCAGCUGAGGGAGAUCACUGGCAUCCAGGACCCACAGAUUCUCUACAAGGCCAUGAGUGCCAGUCAGGGUGACAUUGGACAUGCUGUUGGACUGCUGACAACCCGGUCUGCAGAGGUUCAGGAUCCUGGAGAACCACAACCUUUAGAAUCCUCUGCAGAGGCCUGGGAGGGCCAAAAAGACCUCCCUAAAGAUGAGCUUCAGGCGGCCAUAGAGCUCAGCCUGCAGGAGUCCCACAAUGCCCAGGAAGAAGAGAGAGAAUUCCACAGGGCUCUGGAGGCGAGUGUGGAGGAGAACGCGGCGAGAAUGAAGAGGAAGCGAUGUGAAGCCCAGAGCGAGAUGUGCAGCCCUGCAGACUGGAUCCGUCAGGACGACUGGCCCGUGGGCAUUCGCAAUGUUGGAAACACCUGCUGGUUCAGCGCUGUCAUCCAGUCACUUUUUCACCUGCCUGUGUUCAGGAGGCUGGUUCUCAACUACCAUCUGUCUGAGCGAAUCCUGGAGAAGUGUAAGAGCCAUUCUGACAAGAGGAACAUAGCUUUCAUGCAGGAGCUGCGCUGUCUGUUUGCCCUCAUGGUGGGCUCCACUCGCAGGUUUGUGGAUCCCUCUGCAGCCGUGGAGUUACUGCGAGACGCCUUCAGGACCAGUGAGGCCCAACAGGAUGUCAGUGAGUUUUCUCACAAACUUCUCGACUGGUUAGAGGAUGCAUUUCAGCUGGCUGCCAAAGGAAACAACGCAGAAGACAAACAACGUAACCCCAUGGUUCAGCUUUUCUACGGGACCUUUGUGACAGAAAGAAGACAUGAAGGUAAGACUCUGUGUAACAUCGAGCAGUUCGGCCAGUACCCUCUGCAGGUCAACGGCUUCAACAACCUGGACGAAUGCCUCGAAGGAGCGAUGGUAGAGAAGGAGAUCGAGUCGGUGCAUUCAGAACACAGCGUCACUUCUGGACGAGAGAGGUGGUUCAAAAAGUUACCACCGGUGUUGACAUUUGAACUGUCGAGGUUCGAAUUCAACACUCAGCUCGGCCGUCCUGAAAAGAUUCACAAGAAGCUGGAGUUCCCUCAAAUUGUUUAUAUGGACAGAUAUCUUCACAAAAACAUACAAGAGACCCAUGAGCGGAGAUGUGGUAAAAAGCUCAAGGAACAGCUUGCAGCCCUUCAACAGAAACUCGAGUGCUACAAAAACUACGGCUCAGGACCUACCAAGUAUCCUCUGGCUGACGUGCUGCAGUUUGUUCUGGAGUUUGCCACCACCAAGCCUACAAGUGUUUCCCCAGCUGAAGACCUCAGACCGACUUCUCCUUCACCAACUCCUGCAAGCCACCCGCUCAGUGACCCCGCCUCCAAAGAUAGCAGUGAACCUGAAGACACAGAGUCAGCCGAGGGACUGGUUUCCGGUGUUUCCAGUUGCCAGCGGACUCCCAUAUACAAGCCCUUCACCCAGUGCAGACACCCCAUUGACUGCCCGCCACACCCGGCCCCUCACAGCGUCACAGAAGAAGAGCUGCACUUUGUAAAGACCUGCCUACAGCGUUGGAGGACUGAAGUAGAGAACGACAUAAACGAGCUCAAGGCCAGUAUUGACAAGCUCACUCAGAUGCUGGAGGGCAUGUACUCAGACAACAACCUCUGCCAGGUACCCUACAGACUCCAUGCAGUGCUGGUCCAUGAAGGCCAGGCGUCAGCAGGUCAUUACUGGGCCUACAUCUACGACCACGCCAACCAGCGCUGGAUGAAGUACAACGACAUCAGCAUCACUGAGUCAUCGUGGGAGGAGCUAGAGAGAGACUCGUUCGGGGGGAUGACCAACGCCAGUGCCUACUGUCUGAUGUACAUCAACGACCGGCUACCACAACUUAUCACAGACGACACAGAUGAUGAGACAGGCCAGGCGCUGCACGGCAUGGACUCGCUGCCCUCAGUCCUCAGGCGCUACGUCCAUGAAGAUAACCGCUGGUUCCAGCAGGAGCUCAGCGAAUGGGAGGAGCAGUUCUGUCAGACCGCCGCCCCACAGGGAGAGUCCACCGCCUCUGCAGAGCCCCCGAACUCAGAUCCAGAAAAUGUACAACAAACACCAGUGGAGCCAGCGCCCCAGUCAGGACCCUCCGCUGAAGAGCUGGAUCAGGGUGACGGCUCAGAACAACAACCAGACCCAGACCCGGAGGAGGAUCCUGAGCCUGAGUCUAGAGAGAACCCUGAAGAAGAAUCAGAGUCAACACCUCCACCACCAUCACAGACCCCUGGCUGCCUGUCAGACGACACCAGCAGCACAGCGGUCACCGACACCCUGGGCCCCCGCCAGAGCUCCAACACAGCUGAGAAAGAGCUUCAGAGUCAGACUCCUGGUCCUGAAGCAGAGCUCAACAACCAGCCAUCAUCUGACCCCCAUGAGAAGAAAGACGAGUCACAGGGGUCAGACCCCGGCGUAAGAGCUGAAGGCGAGCCAGAAGCUUCUGGAAAAACCCCAGAGCAUGAAGAGAAGCAGGAGGAAGAGCAGCAGCAGCAGCAGCAGGAGGAGGAGGCAGAGGAGGAGGUCCCGUCGGUGAGACAGAGACAGGCUGAGAACGAGGUCUCAGAGGUGGAGAUCCCAAACGUGGGCAGGAUCAUGGUGAGAGCUGACGCUGAUGGAUACAAUGAGGAGAUGAUGCUGACUCCGGCCAUGCAGGGCGUCAUUCUAGCCAUCGCCAAGGCCAGACAGAUAUUUGAUAAGGAAGGACCAGAGGCCGGCCUCAUCAAGGCCUUCCACGAGGAGUACUCCCGCUUGUAUGAACUCUCCCAGGAGGAGACCUCGCCCCAGGAUGACCCUCGUCUGCAUCACUCUCUGGUCUACUUCUUCCAGAACAAGGCCCCCAAACGAGUGAUUGAGAGGACGCUGCUGGAGCAGUUUACUGACCGCAACCUGAGCUUUGAUGAGAGGGCCAUCAGCAUCAUGAGAGAAGCAAGAACCAAGCUGCGCCUCAUCAAGCCCGAGGACAUGGACAUGGAUGAAUACCUGCAGUGGCACGAUGACUACAGGCUCUACAGAACAGUUUUUGUCUACUUGCUGACUGGCCUGGAGCAAUACCAACACGGGAAGAUGAGGGAAGCGCUGACUUACCUGGCUCAUGCGUAUGAUACGAACGCCACCCUGCUGAAGAACGGAGAGAAGCGUGGCAUGGACAAGUCUCUCAUUGCAGUGUACAGGAGGAAAUGCCUCACAGCGUUAAAUGAAAGUGCGUCCCGCAUGUUCUGCAGCGGUGAGGAGACCAGUGUGGAGGAGGGCGUCUCCAUCAUGGACGAGGCCAUCAUCCCCUGCCUUCACCUGAUGAGCCGAGACUCGUCUUUAUCCCAGGAGGACCGGGACGCCAUGGAGAACAUCCGCAGCCACUGGUGCUGCUGUCUGGGCCAAGACAUGGAGGCCUCUUUGCAGGUGAAGCUGGGCGAGUUUCUUCCCAGGGUUCUGGACGGCUCAGCUGAGACUGUAGUUCUUAAAGACCCGCCAAAAGUCCACGUCAACCAGGCCCACGACCUGUGCAGCCGCCUGGCGGCUGUCAUGGGCUCCAUCGACAACACCUCGGUAGUCACUGUGAAGUAAAACCCUGAAUGAGACCCUCGACAACCUCCUCGAGCCGUGCAUCCCCACCUGCAAGCAACUUUACUGAUGGAUCGUUCUCUGCAGACAGACUGUGGUUGAGACCGAGUGUAGAUUUCCAUUUGCCAAAUAAUUUAAUUUUAUCUGCAGGAUUAGCACAGCCUGUUCAUAUCAUUAUGAUGUUUUAACACAGAAAGCUGCGGGCAACCUUUAGGGGUAACAUACCAGUAUUAACUAGAUCAAUGGGUUUAAUUGAAUUGAAUUGAAUUUUAUUUGUAUAGCACAUUUCAUACAAACGUAAACUCAAUGUGCUGUACAGAAGACAAAAAAAUAAUAAACAA